UUAACCCCCAUUAACGAUUCCACAAAUUUACAUGGUUAAUUUUAAAUUGCGACAGAUCAAAACGCAAAAUUCGUUAUCGCAUUCGCAUAAAAAUCAGUCGGAUUUUUAUAUCAUGUAAAAUGAUCAUUAUGGAAUUUAUUUGUUUGUAGUACCAGAAUUUGACAGUGACAUAACUUGUAUAAGUAUUUGGCAGGUCGUCGAGGUAAUUUUUAAAUUUAGUGGUUAUAUUUAUAGACCGUAUUUUGAUUGUGGAUUCGAAUCAAAGACGGUAAAUGCAAUGGACGAAGUAACGAAGUUAUUUAACCGAUAUUGCAGUGUUUGGGAACAAGAUAUUAGGGGGUCACAGAUCGGCUGUUAUUCCAUUGCAAUCAUCGGUCUAACAGUUGCCCUAAGAAAAGUUCGACCUUUCAGCAAGUUUAAGAGACCUCAGGAUGUGCCGCAACGAUUUAUAGACGAAAGAAGAGAAUUAGUCGGUUAUGUGAACAGGGUUGAGCCUGGAGGUGGCAUUCUUAUGGUUAAGCACAAGCCGUUGGUGGAUCUGCCUGUUGUAAAGGACGGUGAACUCCCGGUAAAAAUAUCGGGAGUCAAAGUCUCCGGGCUGGGCGUGAACUGGCUGCAGGCCAUUGUUGUCGACAACGAAAUCAAAUUCAUCCCUGUCUACAAAGACAAGAAAUUCCUGCACUGUGAAGUGAUGCUUCCACAAACAGUAAAGCCUAAUAAAACUACUAACCUGUUGGUGGGUGAAACACUGCUAAAAAUUGGAUUUGGAACUGUUGAACAAAUUGAAAAGCCCCUUCCAGAUGCAGGAAUCUAUUUGCCAUAUUACAACAGACUGAAGACAGCAGAGAAGUAUGCCUUGAAGAAAAAAAUGGGUUACAAAUACUAUGUAAAACCGACGGUUGCGCUUGUAAAGUUAACACAUGCGAAAAUUAGCGAUUUGGUAUUGUCAGCUUCCAAGCAGGUUCCUAAAUUGUACAAGGUUUUGGUUAAUAAGAUUUGACAUGGAAAAAAUGCAAUUUUCAAAUUUGUUGUCCUACACAGUACUUAAUGCUUUAGAGAGCUUGGCUUUUAUAUUAGGAGAAAAUUAGAAGACUGAAAAUUUCUUCUGCCAUUGUUUUAAUUGGGAUGAAAUUUACUUUAUCAAAAUUUGUUAAAUUCAAUAUGCUAAAUGUAUACUGAAUGAAUGAUGUAUGAUUGAAGUAGAUCCCCCUCCUGUUGUUAAAUAAUUGUUUCAUGUACUAAUCUUGUUAAUAAAAUAAAGAUUUAAUUUUUUAA